AUGUUCUCUUACAAGCUCCUCUCUGCUGCACUCGUGGGCAUCUUUGCUGCUUCGGCAGUCAGCGCCUCGCCAGCCAAUCGAGCGCCUCUGGUACAGAGAGACGUUGCAAACUGCGAGCAGUACGCCAACGCCGCACUCGUGAGUGUAUCGUGCAGGUGGCGCAAUGACGGAUGAUGCAAACCCAUCCCGACUAACUCGUUUCCCCCUCCUCCUUCACACCUCCCCACCCCCACCACAGGGCCUGCGUCCUCGCGGCGCUGGCCCAUCCACGCCCGUCAUCUGGGCUGGUAUCGUGCCCGGAGUGAAACACGCCGGUCCAGAUGGCCAACAGUCCUCGCUGAUCGUCACGCUGGACGAUGAUGGACAAGCUCUAAAGCCGCAGCAGUUCAUCUUUUACAACUGCACCGACGUUUCACGUCCUCCGCCAGCCGACUACACGCCUCCCACUUCGGGACGUCCAGUGACCGGCUACGGAUUGGUUCGUCCAGCCGGAGCAACGCGGCACUGUUUGUCGCUGGAGAGCACGGACAAUGCUCCAGGCGCGCACAACAGCGUGCUGGAUGCUUACUGCACCACCGAAACGGCAGAGAAUCUCUGGUUCUACAACACCAUCGCUGCUAGCGAUGCUAGAAUGUUCCUCGAAACGUCCCUCACCACAGACGUCAUCAUCAGCCAGACCAAGCACAAGGAGCUGCAGUUCAUCGCUACGAACCAGAGAUCCGACGAUGCGACCCAAUACUACGACCUCAUCCUCUCCAACCCAAAGAAUCCCUCUCGCCCUCCCCCUUGA